AUGGAGAACCAGGCCAAGGAGAACCAGGGUGGUGAGGAAGAGCAGGUACGCGAGAAAGCCGGGGAGGAGGUCGUUAUCGUCGAAGGAGAGUUCAGCUGGUUUGCGGCGUGGAUGAUGAUGUUCUGGCUGGUGGUGUGCAUUUGUUCUGUGACCAUGGGUGUGCUGACCUUCCAGGGCGAUGGAAUCGAGCGGAUCUCCGAGGAGAUCUCCUUCGUCCGGCAGCAAAAGCCGCCCUAUGGACCCGCAGAGCAGCCCAACAUGGCCUCAAUGAGAGAGAUCAAUGAGCCUUUCAGGUAUCACCUGCCGCAAGUCGCCUUGUACUACUCUGUUGCAGCAGCUUCGCUGGGGCUUUUCACCGCCUCGCUUCCGCACCAAGAGUCCCACACUUUCCGUGUUUGUAGCUGCUAG